GAACAUUUAGAGAUAAUUUAGAGCAUUUAGCUCAUCGCCAAUUGCAUGUGAAGUGACUGCAACACGGCUCGUCAUUCCACUGCCGGGUCGAGUCCUCUCACACGCCGCGUCGCCCAGUUUUGACCAUACUUCACCACGCUGGUCUGCGCGGAUCGGUCGAUUCUGCUACAACUCGCCACUGAUGUUAGCCGUGACCACCGCGCUGCUAAUUGUCUGCUCUAUUUAGCCGACUACCGUUCACCAAAACGGUGGAGUACGACUAAACGAACCCCCUUGGUUGAACAAGACGGCGUGCGGAGGCGUUUUAUCUAUCGGCGAUUUGAUAAAUAUAUUAAUAACGUGCGGUUGAAAUAACAUCGUUCUUAAUUGUGAACAUUCGCAACGCUCUUUUAAGCACUUACGUGAAAGGAUGACAUUUGUGGAACGAUGUGCAAUUAAAGUAUGUGCGGUCUUCGAUAAUCGUCUCAAUCGAAACGUGCUUUUUGCAUCUGCCUAAACCCUCUGGCAUGUUUCACACAUUUUGAAAGCUCUAAAAUCGUCCAGAGACGUCUUUUUCUUCCCAUCUAUGCAAUCCCGUUACAUUUCAGAGCUAUGGCAAUUGCGGCACACAAUGGACUAUUAUUGUAAACUAUAUACAUUACAGUAUUCUAUUAAAACACCCCAUAGCAUUGACGUUGCAACUCCAGCGCCGGCCCUUGAAAACUAACAAAGAUCGCCAUCAUGACGGCAGGCUCCAUCUCCGUGCCCCACAUCAUCCCCUUGAGGUUUCCUGGGCCGGACAAACCCAAGGCCUUUAUUGACUCCAACACCUACAUCGCCAUCAAGUCUGACACGCCGGAGGUACUUAUCUACUUCUCAGUGGAUGGGAGCAAGCCAGAGCUACUCAAGAAGCCAGGGCACAAUGAGAUGAACGCCAUGAAAUAUAAAGGACCAUUCACCCUCAACGAGGGCAAGAGAACCGUCAAAGCUAUGGCGGUCACCAGGGAUGGGCGCGAGAGCGGCGUGGUGACGAAGGUGUUCCUGGUGGAGUAUGCCGCUCCACAGCAUCUCGCUGGCCCAGAAGACAAUGCGGAGAACUUCCUGCUGGAAUACCAGGCGGAUUUGGGCAAGACUGAAACAUUGGAAGGAUUCAAGACAACAACUGACGUCAUCAACAAAGUUGUGAACCAAGAACAAAAAUCAGCUUGGGGAGACACGACCCAGAAAAUGAAAGAGAUGACGCUUGACGGUAGCCGUCGACAAAGGCCUAGAACAGGCAAGCGCAUCAUGGAAGGUGGACCCAUCAGCCCAGGCCGAGACUCUGGCUUGCCGUUCUCCCACAGUUCACAGUCUCUGUUGUCGGAUGCGACCAGCCCCACCAAGACUCUCGUUAGUUCCCAGACACUGCGGCUCCAAAAGGAACUGGAAUAUCUCAAGUGUCCAAAAUGCCUGGCCGCCCGACCCUCGGACCCGUUUGCUCUUUUCUGUCAGGAGUGUGGCUGCACUCUGCCACCAGUACCAGGGCCAUCCCAGCCGCCUCCUAAGGCAGAAACAAUGAUCCUGUGCCUCUCGUGCAAGUCAAUGGUGCCGACGAACACACCCAAUUGCAUUGUGUGUGAGGUGCCAAUACCUGGCAAGACUCCGCCACAAGCGAGCAAGGAUAUUUUCUUAUGCAAGGCCUGUGGGACUGGAAACCCAGCCAACGUCAAGCACUGUGUGACCUGUGAGACCCGGCUUCCGGAGACUCCCAUGGCUUUCAGCACCAUUAGUGUGGCACCACCCCCACAGACCACUGACAAGAGGUUGCUGAACUGCUCCAAGUGUGGGCGUUUAAAUAACUCGGAUGCACGCUUCUGUGACUGGUGUGGGGCCAAGCCAAGCCCACCAGUGAGUUACUUAGCUUGCACAAAGUGUGGAGCUACCAGCCACUCGGAGGCACGAUUCUGUGGUACGUGUGGUACCUACCUGGAUCCACCGGCCCGCUUGGAUGCUGUGACAUCAAGACAUGGUGGUUUUUUGAAUGAGCCUCUGCGUGCGAGCUGGCAGAUGGUGUCACUGCCGCUGGUACGUGCCAGCUUUGGCCUCCAGACAGCCGACCAGGCCACGCAGACAGUGGGGCUUUUCUACCCCUCGGGUCGGGGUCUGGAGCAGAAGGUGCAGGAGGUGUCCAGCAAGCGUGUGCAGCAGGAUCGCAUGAGUGACCGCAGGCCUCCUAUCACCGCCGUCAGCCCCGGCAAAGGGUAUUGGAGGAAGCAGAUUGACCAUGUGUGCGCUCACCUGAGGAGCUACACACAGAACACAACGGAGUUCCGGGCGCUCAUUGGCGAGCCGCGGAUGGGCAAGAUAAUGUCUGCCACAGUCCAAGAGGAGAGAGACAUAUUAAACUUGACGCUAAAAUUUGUUCUAAGAGACAAUGAGCCGAAUAUGGAGACAAUAAGGCCAGCCAGCCUCUCACAAAACAGCCAGCCUUUUCACAGCCUGGGAGAGCGGAGGGGCAGCCUUCAUGGCAGUCAAGCCAGCCUGGCGAGCGACCAAGCCUCAGUGGGCAGUGAUAUGAAGUUGAGGAACAUUAAGAAAAAGAAGAAAGUUCUUCUCAAAGAAGACACAAUGUCUGCAGAGAACAGACAGCUCCUGGAAGAGGUGGGAACUUCAGGGCGGGGUCAGGCCGAAUUCCUUCAGCGGCUGCUCAAUGAGGGAGCAGACCCCAACUUGGUGAGCUUUGAGGGGCGCCCGGUGCUAACCCUAGCCGUGAUGAACCGGCACGCAGCCGCAAUCUCCAUCCUCGUGCAGGCGGGGGCCAACGUGGACCAACCAUCGGGCCUAAUUAACAACACAGCGUUGCACGAGGCUGUCGAGUUGGGGGCUCAAGGCGUGAAGUGUGUGGAAGCACUGCUGGCGUGCAAUGCAAGCUUGAAGAAGAGAAAUGACCGUGGUAUGACAGCACAGGACCUGGCGGUGGCUGGAGGGAAUGACUGCCUCGUGACCUUGUUUGCCAGCCACUUUGGUCAAAGUCUGCUGGAGAAGCUCACCCAGGCCAAGCCAGCUUCUGCGAUGAAGCAAGCCUCCUUAGAGGUCUUUUAG